UAUGCACAAACUAAACAAUUAUGAAUUCAAUAUUAACUUAUCCCAAUCUCUAAUUUUAUUUUACCAUAUAUAAAGAUUAAAGGACUGCAAAGACAAAUAGAUAUGAUAUCUCAACGUAAGGAGUUAAAAGACCACAGGUGGCCAGACCUCCAAGUUGCUUCUUGGCCGCUCAGAGAAAUAGACAUGGGAUAUGCAAAGCAGACAGAUAGCUCUUCAUGUGGCCUCUUUCUUUUGAACUAUAUCGAAUACUGGACAGGGGAUGAACUGUCUGACAGUUUUACCCAGGAUGACAUGUCACACUUUAGGAAAAAAAUGGCUGCUAUAUUACUAUCUUCAGACCUGAAUAAGAGAAGGGGGUGUCUGUUAUACAAAAAUGAAAAAGAAGUUGACUCUGGAAGCCCAUCUGAUGUUGAGAUAUUAGAAAACCCAACAGAUUCUAAUAAGAGGAAACUACUCCACGUGCUUGAUGAUAGCGAAGUAGUGUUUGAAGAUGAGGAAGGCCCUAUUACUCAAGCAGACUUGCAAAGGUGGUUUGUUGAUGAUUGGGAUAAAAGAGCUCCUGUAAAAGUCUCUAACGAUGGUUGCACCAGUGACUUUUUAAUGGUUGGUCUUUCCACAAAGGACAUGCCAGUGACCAAAGCCGAUUCAAUAGAUGUUUUAUGUGAUUAUAUCAUGGCAAUAGAAGACGAUGCGACACUAGAGAGAACAUGGGUGCGAAGUUUCAAUCCUUUUAAGAUAGAAAUAUCUGUCAAAGACCUGCAAAACAUAUUAACGACAACUCAAGAUAUGAUUCUAAGAUGUUUUGAUAUGGCUGUUCGGCUGCUUGCCAAUAAAGAGUCACGUAAACCGAAAGAAGAAAUCAUAAAUAAUAGAAAGCAUUAUAUGGACAUGCGUUUUUGGAGAAUGGUUGGUUUUGGUAAACUUCCAAAGUACCAUCAGGAUCCUACAACAGAAGAUUGCCCAAAUAUUAUUCUAUAG